AUUUGGUUCCACCCGUUGACGUCAUAUUCGAGGCGUGUGCAGACUGUGCACUUCCUUUCAGGAGUUUUGUACAGUAUUUUUAAUCUCAACCUGGUACAUUCUUUUUGUAUCUAACUUUAGGAUUUGUUGAAAGACGUCCCUCUUUUGUCGAGGACAUGGAUUUCUCGCUGGCAGAUGCCAUAGCGGACGAUGUCCCGGGCCAAGCUGAGAAAGCGAGUAACCCCAACCCAACCGCCCCUCCUCCUCCCACUAACCCAGGAUGGCCUGGUGCAGCUCCUGGAGCCCCAACACAGCCCUCUGCUCCUGGGGGAUUCCCUGGGGGGCCACAGUCUGGUCCAGGGGCCCCAGGGCAGUUCCCUGGAAGUCAAGGACCCUUCUCUUCUGGUCCCGGAGCCCCAGGGCAGUAUCCUGGAGCUCCCUCUGCCCCCGGUGGGUUCCCGCCCGGACCAGGGGUACCGGGACAAUACCCAGCCGGGCCCGGAGCGCCGGGACAGUACCCAGCUGGGCCCGGAGCACCUGGACAGUACCCAGCCGGGCCCGGAGCACCGGGACAGUUCCCCCCUGGUGGGACCCCCGGUCAUUUCCCUGGAGGCCCAAUGCAGUACCCAUCUGAACCCUUCCAGACUAGCCCUGGAGCACCCCCAGGACCCUAUCCCAACGUGCCUUACCCAGGAGCCCAGCCUGGUGGAGGGAUGUAUGGGCCUGGAGGUCCAGGAGCUGCCUUCCCCCCUGGAGGAGGCACCUUCCCUGGGUUCCCUGGUGGGGCCUUCCCUCCAAUCCCCCCUGGAUCAUGGAGUCCUGGGGGCGGUGGAGUUUUCCCUCCCCAGCCCGGUCACCCUGGCUCUUUCGGUCCAGGUCCCAUGGGACCAUAUGGGGGAUCGGCAGCUCCAGGAGGCAUGUUGCCAGUGCCGUACGAACUGCCUCUCCAUGCUGGCAUCAUGUCCAGGCUGUUGAUCACCAUUGUAGGGGAACCCAUUGUUGGAGGAGAAAGGUUCCAUGUUGACUUUUUAAAAGAGGAGGACGAGGAGGACGAUGAAGAGGUUGUAUUCCACCUCAACCCUCGUUUCUAUGAACAGCAGGUUGUCCGUAACUCCCACCUGGAUGGGGGUUGGGGUCCAGAGGAGAGAGAUGGAGGCUUCCCCUUCGUUCCUGGACAACGUUUUGAGCUGAAGGUGCUAGUGGAAGAGGACUCGUUUAAAGUAGCCGUGGAUGGGAACCAUUGUCUGGAGUAUGAGCACAGAGCCGGAGGGUUUGAGGACGUCACCCUGCUACGUGUGGUGGGGGAUGUCACUCUCUACAGCGUGGCCCCAAGCAUGAUCUAACACUCAAGAGACUACCGCCGUGUCCCAAAUGGCACCCUAUUCCGAUAGGUUCUUGUCAAAAAAAAGUAGUGCACUACAUAGGGAAUAGGGUGCCAUUUGGGAUGUAAGUCCAGUUCACUUCACCUGACUGACACUGUGGCCAAUGAUCUGGAUGGGGGCGGUGCAGCUCACAUACCUCUUUUCACACUACCGUGCUGAACCAAACUGUGCUAGCUAGCAUGGUUCCAGCUACUGUGGCGGAUGGGUAACCAGGCCCGGCUCGGUUUAGCUCCGUGGUGUGAAAAGCCCUACACAGCAUGUCCUGUAGGCUAUAGGUAAAAAAAAAGAGAUCUAAUUAUUUGACUGUGUCAUUUAAAACGUGGUAGUAAUCUAUACAAAUGAGGGCAAGGAACUAGGCUGUGUAACGGUAUUCGGAGAAGGAGAUAUCUGCUUUUUAACGGCAGUUCUAGGGAACGUAACCAUAUUUAUUCUGCAUGAAAUGUCUCAAGGACAUUUGUGUCCUUUUAGCAUUUCACAAUGUUGUCAUGACGGCAGCAAAGUAGACUGUAUAUUGUUUUUGUAUGUCUAUUAAUUACAAAUGAGCCUUUCAGGGUUAUGAUGCAUGUUGUGUGUGUAACCAAUGGACUGAACAUCCGUGUAGCUUUAGCUUUGACACACUCUAUUGCAAUGCUGUCUGCAAGGCUGAAUGGACAUGGACUAGAAGGAUAGAGAGAGAGAGAGAGAGAGAGAGCCUCUGUGUACUGUAAACUGGUCUAGGGUUCAUUUAGCUAAGAUCAUAACAAAUGUGUUUUAGACAUUUUACAGUAUUAAUCCUCUAGGUCUCGCUGAUUUUUAAGGUCUGUUAAAUGUUAUGAAGUAGUCAGAUCUGAAGCUAAAAAUGAAAUGUGAACUGUCGUAGAUGAAUCAAUGUAUCAUUUUGUAGAUGUUACCAAAGACUUAAGUAUUAUUUUCAAAAUGAAGUUUUGUCAAUAAAGAAUGAAGAGAGCUGAUACAUUC